CAUCCACAGUCAGGUUCUUAACCGUUAUUACUGUUUUAUUCGUUUUCUUAUAAAAUAUUGCUAGGUCUCAGUCCCAAUAUAUCAAGUAGUAAAUGCCGGGCUGUCUUGUUGUUAUUUUUUUGUUUGGUCUUAAUGAAACUCGCACUCUGGGUGCAGUAAUCGUUGCCAGAAUAAGUCUUUAUGCGUCGAGAAGCUUUCGUUAGUGCUUCCUGAAACACUACCGUAUUUUCCCCGGCAGUUUGGCCGAUGUGCUGUUAUUGGUAACUCUGGUGAUCUUUUGAAAACAAAGUUCGGAAAGGAGAUAGAUACUUACGAUGCGGUUCUUAGAGAAAAUGGUGCUCCAAUUCAGAACUACAAGGAAUAUGUGGGAGAAAAAAGUACCUUCCGUCUUCUUAAUCGAGGGUCAGCGAAAGCCCUUGACAAAGUGGUGGAGUUGGAUGGUACUGUAUAAAUGUUCUCUUGUUUUCUACUCCUCCAUCGUUACGCCAUAGUUGGAUUCUCUAUAUUUAUUCACUUUUAUGUGUCGCAUUUUCUACUGCUUGCAAAUAGAUACUUCAUUCUCUUUGAUCCUUUGAAUCUGUGCAGAAAAAAAGCAAGAGGUACUUCUGAUAAAAACAACAAUCCAUGAUAUUAUGAACAAGAUAAUUCGGGAAGUUCCAAUAAACAAUCCUGUAUACUUAAAUGCUUGGUGCUUCAUUGGCUCGGCCGCCAAAGGAACUGGGCUCAAGGCUCUUGAAUUUGCUCUCUCGACUUGUGAUUCAGUGGAUAUGUAUGGUUUCACUGUUGAUCCAGGUUAUAAAGAAUGGACUAGAUAUUUUUCAGAAUCGCGACAAGGGCAUACUCCUUUUCAUGGUAGAGCUUACUACCAGAUGACGGAAUGCUUGGGUCUCAUUAAAAUACACUCUCCCAUGAGAGCAGAUCCAAACCGAGUCGUGAAAUGGGUGCCAAGCCGUAAUACAAUUAGAUCUGCAAUAAUUUCAGCAGAGAAGCUUUUAAGGAGAGUUGGAGCAGGAUCUGCAGACCCAUUAGCUUCAUGCUCGAUUGUAAAGAAGAGAAGCAAAAACGAGCGUGCUAUGGUCUCACGCUUGAGAAAACCUGUGAGAGAACAUCAAAAAUUUGUGAGAAGCACGACAAUGUGAUAGACUAUAGAUCUAUACUCUCUGUAAAAUAACAAACUCUUCUUAUUGAAUAACGAAGUACAAGUGUUUAUAGUUUUGUAGUA